AUGGGACAUCACACGGAUGGUGAAUCAAUUUACUCCUACUUCUCACAGCAGGACGUCUGCCAUCCUCAAGCACACGGCAUGUUGAAUACCCUGCCCGAAGAGAACCAUAUGAACCUGGGCUUUGCUGAGUCGGGCAGUCAGACUGCUGGACUGAAUGGCACCCUCACAGGUAACAGCGUCACGGGCAGCCCCGCCCUCCCUGGCGGCCACCGACACCAUCGACGUCGUCGCCGAAAGCAACAACAGCAACAGCAGCAGCAGUUGACGGGUGAGGCGCCUGCC